AUGGCGAGUCAAAUGGAGGAUCGUCGAAGAUGUUUUGGUAGGCACGACUAUGUGAAUCAGCCGAUGGCAUUGCCGAUGUGCCACCGUGAAGGAGAACAGAGAAGAAGAUGGAAAAAGAAGAAGAGCCAGCAACAGCAAUAGCAACAGCAACAGCAGCAGCAGCAGCAGCAGCAACGGCAGAACAGAGCAGAGCAACAGCAACAUCACCGAUGA